CACCUUAUUUCAGUCUGCCAUUUUUUUUCUCGGAUGAUGAGAACAAGCGCGGGCGGAUAGGGAGCGGUCAGUUCACUUCCGCUGCUGCGGUCUCGCCACAGGAGAAAAGAUUCUGCCUCCUUUGGGACUGGAGAAAUGACACGAUGGGGAGCCAAUGCACCACACUCAGGAAAAGAAAGGUAGAGAGCAGGGAGGAGGACCACAAAUCCGCAGCCAGAAAACCCGAGAGCCCCGCAACAGGUGGUGGAGAGGAAAAGGGCCCCGACCCUCAAGCAGGGCCCUCUGUAACUACAGGAGAGAGGAGACGUGAAGAGCAGGGGUAUUUUAGUCGGGGGGAGGAUGGAAGAAAAAAAGAAGCAAAAGAGGAGAAACCGAGUGAGGAGAGGGGUAAAAAGAAAAAUGCGGUCAGUGCAUGUAGACACAGUGACUCAAGUCCCUGCCAUGAAGAAGCAGACACAGUUAUGGAAGAAGCUUGCUGGGUGGACAACAACAGACCAAAUCUCAUUCAGAGCAUGACCUUAGUGAUGCCCAUAGCAGAUGAACUGCUGAAGAGGAAGAUGAUCCACAGAGAGUUUUACUCUAACAUCAAAACUGCCGGGACCAGCCAAGACCAGAUGCGGAAGCUUUACGAGGCGUUAAAUGCUGGAGGGGAUCAAGUCAAAUCUGCCUUCUACAGACUCCUACAGAAAAACAAGCCGGACAUUUGUGAAAUGGACAAAGUUAUCAGGAGAAUGAUCAAACAGCACAAAGCACAUCUAAGGGAGGAGUUCAGAUUUAUGUUUGAAGGCACAGCGGACAAUGCUCAAGAGAAAGAAUUACUUGACCAUAUUUACACAGAGCUUCACAUCAUACAGGGAGAAAGUGAGCAGGUCAAUGAAGAGCAUGAGAUAUGGGACAUUGAGGCGAAGUCAAGGACUCAACCAAGUGACAGUACUAAAAUUGAUUGCAAUGACAUCUUCAAAACUGAGACAGGAAAUAAAGUCUUGCAUGGGCAAGACAGCACAUAUGAGAAAACAGUCAAAACUGUGAUGACAAAAGGAAUUGCUGGCAUUGGAAAAACCGUCUCGGUGAGGAAGUUCAUCCUCGACUGGGCAGAGGAAAGAACCAAUCAGGACUUUGACUUUAUUUUCAUGCUAUCAUUUAGGGGAAUAAAUCUGAUCAAAAAUGAUCAAUUUAGUCUUCAAACACUUGUGAAAUACUUCUACCAAAAUCUUAAAGACAUCACAGUACAAAUACUUGCUGACCACAAAGUGUUGUUCAUAUUUGAUGGUCUGGAUGAAAGCCAACUGGAAUUAGAUUUCAGUGAAACCAAAAUGUUAAACGAAGUCACCAGAGAAGCAUCAGUGGAUGUUCUGCUGACGAACCUCAUUAGAAGAGAUCUGCUUCCAUCUGCUUUCCUCUGGAUAACUUCAAGACCUGGAGCGGCUAGCCGCAUCCCUCGCAGGCUUAUAGACCAAUGGACUGAGGUCCAAGGGUUCAGUGACUCACAGAAAGAAGAGUACUUCAGGAGGAGGAUAAAAGACGAGAACAUUGCAGAGAGAAUCAUCAGCCACAUCAAAAUGUCAAGGAGCUUUUACAUUAUGUGCCACAUACCUAUUUUCUGCUGGAUUUCAGCUCAAGUUCUUCAACACUUGUGUAAAAGUGGCAAGACAAAAGUAGAGAGCGAUGUUAUGAAAAUACCCACGACUCUGACUGAGAUGUAUACACACUUCCUCCUCAUCCAAAUAAAGCUCUCUGAUGAGAAGUAUGACAACAGCCGGAAUGAGUCAGAGAUACAGAAGAUCUUGAGUCCGAGCAAAGAUUUCAUCCUGAAAUUAGGUCGCAUGGCCUUUGAACACCUGGAAAGAAGCAGCAUCCUGUUUUAUGAAGACGAUCUGACCAACUACGGCAUUGACAUCAGGAAAGUUGGGGUUAACUGCGGUUUGUGUACAGAAAUACUGAAAGAAGAGUGUGUUUUCUAUAAGAAGAAGGUGUACUGCUUUGUGCAUCUGACCAUUCAGGAGUAUUUUGCUGCUCUCUUUGUAUACCACAGUUAUGCAGUUAAGAAAAUUGACUCUCCAAGCCUCAGGACUUUCCUAACGAAAGGGUCUGAAGAAACGCUGGAAUCAAUCUUGGAUGAGGAACCCAUCAAGCUCACUUUGGAUGAGUUUUGCGAGAUUUCGAUAGCAAAUGCAACUGAUAGAAAAACUGGUGGCAUGGAUAUGUUUAUCCGGUUUCUUAUUGGAUUGUCUCUGGAAUCAACGCAGAGGCUGCUUCAAGGUCUUCUCGAGCAGACAGAGAAGCACUCAGAAGUUGUUGAGGAAAUCAAAAGUACUCUGAAAGAAAUCGACGUGUACGACCGCUCACCUGAAAGAUGUCUGAACCUUGUCCACUGCUUUAUGGAGCUAAAAGACAGCUCUCUCCACGAUGACAUUCGGGAGUGUCUGCUGUCAAAUCACAAGAAAGCUCUCUCUCCUCUUCUUUGCUCAGCUCUUGCCGACACAAUACUCAUGUCAGUAGAGCCAAUAGACGAAUUAGACCUGAGAAAGUACAGGUCAACUUUGAGAGGUGUUUUUAGGCUUCUUCCAGCCGUGAGGAACUGCAAAAAAGCAAUAAUCUCAGGGGUGUGGCUAAAUGAUUGGUUCACCGAAACAAUUGCCUCAGCUCUUCGACAACCAAACUCAUCUCUAACAGAACUGCACCUAACAAAUAACGUCUUUCUAGACCAGAGCAUCACAUUCCUCACAGAUGGGCUUAUGAACCCCCACUGCAAACUGGAGGCUCUGAGCCUCUCUGGAGAAGGACUCUCAAAGGAGCUUUGUGAAACUUUGGCAGAAGCUGUUCUGUCCAUCAUCUCCAGACUGAGGGAGCUGGAGCUGAGCAGUAAGCUGCUGGGGAGCGGGUUGCAACCUGUGCUCCAUGCGGCGCUAAGGAGUCCUAAAUUGGAGAAACUAAGAUUGAGACAUAACGUCAUACCUGCACAAAUCUGUCAGGAGUUGCAGUCAGUGCUCACAUCUGAUGCUUAUUCCCUGAUGGAGUUGGACCUGAGUUAUGCGGAGUUAAAUGACUCAAAGAUGGAGAGCCUCUCUGUGGGGCUGAUGAGUACCACUUGUCGGCUGGAGGUACUGAGGCUCAGGUUCAACGACCUCAGUGAAGACAGUUGUAAGAUGCUGGCUUUGGUCUUCAGCUCGGCUCCUUCUCACCUGAGAGAGCUGGACCUGUCUCACAACCAGCUGAGAGACUCCGGGGUGAAGCUGCUCUGCACCGGGAUGAUGAGUCCACACUGUAAAUUAAAUGCACUGAGGCUUUCAUUCUGCAAAGUGACUGAGGUGGGAUGUGGCGAGCUGGCGUCUGUACUGAAGUCUAAACGCUGCACCCUGAUGGAUCUGGACCUGAGCUUCAACCACCCAGGACACCAUGGGGAGAAACUGCUGACAGAGAGACUUCAGGAUGCAAGCUGCAGUCUGCAGAAACUCAACGUGGAGCAUAAUGAGGAGCACUGGGUCGACUUGACGCUGCUGAGACAGUAUGCCUGUGAUCUCACCUUUGACCCCAACACAGUGGCCAACAAUCUGACUUUGUCCGAAGACAACAAGAUGGUGGAGAGCGCGGAUUCCUUGAAGCAAACAUAUCCAGAUCAUCCAGAGAGAUUUGACCGUUCACAGGUGCUCUGCAGAGAGGCUCUGAGAGAUCGCCAUUACUGGGAGAUGGACUAUUCUUCAUCCUACGAUGGGGUCGGCGUGGCAUACAAAAGCAUGGGCAGGACGGGAGACUCAUCCUGUGACUAUCAGCUUGGAUGUAACCAGAAGUCCUGGUGCUGGUCAUUUGAUGGAACUUUUAAACACAAUGAGUUUUUUAUUCGAAUCCCUUCUACUGAAUCCCGUAAGAUAGGAAUAUAUCUGGACUGGUCAAAGGGUAUUUUGUCCUUAUUUAAAGUUGACCCUGACAUUACCUUCCUGUACACCAUGCAAACCACUUUCACCGAACCACUCUAUCCGGCUGUUUAUGUGGAGGGAAUGAUCCGUCUCUGCAAAUUAGACUAACUCACCUUUUCAGCCAUAACUAGAGUUCUUUUUGUAGAUGAAGAGGUUUUUAGCAAAUAUAGUGACCUGUGGGUGACUGACUGGGUCAGUUGUUGCCAUUAUUGCUGCUUUCUACUAGUGCUGAGUGAUUAACCGAAAUGUUGGUAUCUAAAAAUCAAAUUGAUCGCAUUUUGUUCCAUCAUUAGAAACAUUAAAACUCCACUUAGGUACGUUUCUUUUUUGAGCUUGGCACCAUUGACUGGAGUGCAGCAAUACGUCAUGCAGCAUCCAGCCUGCUGGAAACUCUAGUUUUAAAAGCCAUCCAUCCGUCCAUUAUCCAAGCUGCUUAUCCUGCUCUCAGGGUCGUGGGAUGCUGGAGCCUAUCCCGGCAGUCAUUGGGCGGCAGGCAGGGAGACACCCUGGACAGGCCGCCAGGCCAUCACAGGGCCGACACACAGAUUCACACCUAAGGACAAUUAGUACGGCCAAUUCGCCUGACCUACAUGACUUUACACGGUGGGAGGAAACCGGAGCACCCGGAGGAAACCCACACAGACACGGGGAGAACAUGUAAACUCCACAUAGAGGACGACCCUGGAUGACCCUCAAGGUUGGACUACCCCGGGGUUUGAACCUAGGACCUUCUUGCUGUGAGGCGACCGUGCUAACCACAAGACAUCCAACACAGCUCCUCAUCACAGUUUAAACCAUGACUAUAAUCGUGUGCACCAUUUUCUAGUUCACAUGAAGCACUAUUAGAAAUAGAGUGGCUGCAGGAGGCCCUCCAAUCUCCGGUGGAAUUGGGCAUUGGUUAUUUUUUUCCAUUCACAAAUUGAUGGCAUGAGCUUUCUAUGAUAGACUGAAUGUGUCGAUUGCUGACUAAACUUGAGUUUUUAAGUCAUUUUGAUUCAGGAAUUGUUUUGUUUACACAAUGCUUGUAAAAAUGGGCUAAACUUGACUGCAUGCUGAGUGUAUUCAGACCUUUAUAUGCAAUCGUCAGUCAAAUGAUGCAUAGAUUUUUAUCAAAAAUUUCACAUGUUGUAGUAAAAAUGAAAAGGGGGUCCAUCAGUAUUUCUGAAACUGAACCAAAAUUAAAUGAAAAAAAAAAAGAAAAUCCACCUAUCACUCUGCACUACUUUCUACUGAUCGACUGCUGAGCUACCUCACUGUACCUCUAAAAGUCCUCCAACCCAUAUGACCACAUAGGUCGUAUACCCACCCACCCACCCACCCAUCCAUCCAUCCAUCCAUCCAUUUUCCAGCUAGUCUUGCAGCUAGUUUUAUAGGUAGCAGUUCAUGGGCGACGAUACCAAAAGCGGUGCUAAAAUCCAACAGCACUGUUCCAACUAAUAAUUUACUGUCAUUUUGUUUUAGCUAAUCGUCUGUCAAUUGUGUAAGAGCUGUGCCUGUUGAACAGCCAGUUUUAUAAGCACGUUGAAGGGUCAGAAUAGAGAACUAAAUUUGAAUUUCCCUCGUUUCCUACAUUAGCGCCCCUACCGGCGGCAGGAGAUAUGCCACGGAUACGUUUCGCCUCUGUGCACUGUGGGAUUUUAUUUACUGGUCGACAUCCUUUUUACAACACCUCAUAGACAGGCGUAAAUAG